CUGUUCCGCUCAGCAUGCCGCUAAAUGGGUUUUGCGUCCAAAUUUGGCGUUAGCCAUUUACAAAAUGCAGAUUCGUCUUCACGCGGAAUUUUUGGACUAAUUUUGGGAGGAGUGAGCCGUUGUUGAUCUGGAGGUGCAAGACGGGAGAGCCAAAAUCCUCUCUGAGUCUGUCUGAGAAGAGUUUCAUCUCCGUCUUCAUCUUCAUCUUCUUUCAAAUAUUAUUAUUUGAAAGCAAGAGCCGUAUGAUUGGGAGAUGAGCUGCUUCUCUUGCAUUAGUCAUCGCCGUUCAGAUGCCAGCAGAAUCCAAAUUGAUAAUGCUCCUCGAUCUACCUCUUCUUCCGGGACUGGGCGCUCCAAAUCUCAUGCCCAUAGUGGCGACGAUAGAAGCAAGGGAGGAUCCUAUGAUGGGAAGGGGAAGAAUGGCGUCGCCGGCAGCCCAAAAAGCAGUGCUGCCCGUAGUUUCACUUUCCGUGAACUUGCAGCGGCAACCAGGGGCUUCAAGCCAGUGAAUUUGAUUGGGGAAGGAGGUUUUGGAAGGGUUUACAAAGGUCGUCUUGAUACAGGCCAGCUUGUUGCUGUCAAACAGUUAAAUCACGAUGGUCAUCAAGGUUUUCAGGAAUUCAUAGUGGAGGUUCUCAUGUUAAGCCUGCUACACCAUUCUAAUCUUGUCACCUUGUUUGGUUACUGCACCGACGGAGAUCAAAGGCUUUUGGUUUAUGAAUAUAUGCCUAUGGGUAGCCUGGAAGAUCAUCUUUUUGAUAUAAAACCAAACCAAGAGCUGCUAAGUUGGAAUGAUCGGAUGAAGAUUGCUGUUGGAGCUGCACGAGGGCUUGAGUACCUUCAUUGUAAAGCAAAUCCUCCUGUUAUCUAUCGGGACUUGAAAUCUGCAAACAUAUUAUUAGACAAUGACUUCAACCCAAAACUCUCAGAUUUUGGGCUUGCUAAACUUGGUCCUGUUGGAGACAAUACUCAUGUUUCAACCAGAGUGAUGGGAACAUAUGGCUACUGUGCCCCAGAAUAUGCCAUGAGUGGCAAACUGACUCUUAAAUCUGAUAUCUAUAGCUUUGGUGUGGUUUUGAUGGAGUUGAUUACUGGACGAAGGGCAAUAGAUGUCAGUAAGAAGCCGGGGGAGCAAAACUUAGUUGCAUGGUCUCGACAGUUUCUCAGGGACCGGAGCAAGUUUGUACAGCUGGUUGAUCCUCGUCUUGACGGACAAUUCCCCUUGCGCUGUUUGCAUCAUGCGAUUGCUAUCACUGCAAUGUGUCUGCAAGAGCAACCGAAUUUCCGCCCACUUAUUGGUGAUAUUGUUGUUGCACUGGAAUACUUGCACUCGCAGAGUAAAGCCUCAGAAGUCCUUAAAGGUGGGGAGCAAUGUCUGCCACGUCGAUCGCCAUCGCAACUGGACCAAUAUUGUUUGGAGGAAUCAAAUUCAAGACUGAGGUCAACUUCCGCCUAAGAUUUUGAGUAGAUAUUUCCAUGUCAGUCCAAAACUGUAAGCAGCCGUCUUCCAUACUUUGAAUUGUAUUGAUAUUACUUCAAGUAGUGAAAAAUUAUUCUUGCAGAUUGCUUAACCGUAAUGGGCAUGGAAGCUGUUCUUGUAUAGGCUUAAAAUUCAUGAGGCAGCUAUCACUUACAUCGCGCCAUUCCAACCAAGCCCCUAUCUGAUUUGUGCGUGUGAAAAUGUCUGAGACGAGUUUGUGGAUUAUAGCGUACUACUUUCCCUCCCCAACCCUAACCAUCGUCACUCUCGCAUGCGAUUAUUUUCCGGACACUAAAUUCAAGUCAGGCAGUCUUUAAGUGUCUUCUGGCAAUUGUCAAAGCACUGAUAAGAAGUGGAAGCUUAGUGGGCAAAAAAAAGGGGGGGGGGAGCUGAUUAUGUUUAUCUUUUAUUUAAUGCGAGUAACCUUUGUCGAGAUGCAUAAUGGUUCCCACUUCUUUUUUUUAAUAUUUUUUUUGCCAACGAUGCUUCUGACAAUCUAUACAUGGAGGUAAAUUCUAUUACUUUUUUGUAAAAAUGAAAUCUGAGAUAAAAGUAAGAAAAGUGCUUAGCAUGUA